AGAGGAGAAAGAAAGAUCUGCAAAUAUAAUUUGAGCUGUGAAUCGGUGAAGGACGAUGGCAUCUGUUGAAGAUCUGCUUGUGAACUCACUGAAGGAACUGGGAGAAGCUGAACUGGAGGAGUUGCAGUGGCGCUUAAGGAAAGAUCAUGAGUCUAUAUCAAAGUCUGAAAUGGAGAAUGCAGAUCGGUUAAAAACUGUGGAUAAGUUAGUGGCUUGUUUUGGACAAGAAGAAGCUUUGAAGAUCACUGUGGACAUCCUAAAGAAAAUGAAGAAGGAACAACUGUCUAAAGAUCUGGAGAAAAAACACAAGAAAGCUCAGACCGAGGGCAAUACAAACACAUCUGUUGGAGCUGAUUCAGAUCAAAUCAGGAAGCUGCAAAACUUCUUGAAUACUCAAAAAAUCAACAUGAAGAAGAAAGCACAAUAUAUAUUUGAGGGCAACAAAGAAAAUGACACAGAUCUCAAAGCUAUAUACACUGAACUGUUCAUCACAGAGGGAGAUAUGAAAGAUGUCAAUCAGGAACAUGAGAUUCUGAAGAUUGAUGAUGCUCUAAAGACCCACAAAUUGCAGGGCGAAACAAUCAAAUGCACAGAUAUAUUUAAUGCAUUGAGGAAAAAGAAUGAGAAGAAAAUUGUGCUGACCAAAGGAGUUGCUGGCAUUGGAAAAACUGUCACUGUGCACAAAUUCAUCCUGGACUGGGCAGAAGGAAACACCAGUCAGGAUAUAGACUGUGUGUUCCUGCUUCCAUUCAGAGAGAUCAACAUGAUUAAAGACGGAGAGGUUAACUUCCAUGAGUUUCUGCUGAAAUUAUAUCCUGAACUGAAGGACCUGGAGAAAUCAAAGUUAUAUACAGAAUCUAAACUUGCCUUUAUAUUUGACGGACUUGAUGAGAAUCGCCUGCGUCUGAAUUUUAACAGUAGGUCACUGAACACUGUUGAGGAAAGAUCAUCUGUAGAUGUGCUGUUCACAAAUCUGGUCAAAGGGAAUCUGCUUCCAUCAGCUCUGGUCUGGGUGACCUCACGACCAGCAGCAGCCAAUCAGAUCCCUCAUGAACAUGUAGGUUUGUUCACAGAAGUGCGAGGAUUCACUGAACAGCAGAAGGAGGAGUACUUCAGAAAGACGAUCAAAGAUGAGAGUCUGGCCGAAAAAAUUGUCUCACAUAUUAAGACAUCUCGUAGUCUCUACAUCAUGUGCCACAUUCCUAUGUUCUGCUGGAUCACAGCCACAGUACUUCAGCAUUUUCUAAUUGAAACCAAUGCAGAGAGCAUCAGCACAACACUCACUGAAAUGUACAUCCACUUCUUGCUUAUACAGAUGAACAUGAAGAGCAAGAAGUAUGAUGGAAAAGAUCAAGGACAACGUACAAAGCUCUUACGUUCAAAUAGAAAAAUGAUUCGGAAAUUAGCCAAGCUGGCAUUUAAACAGCUGAAACAAGAAAACAUAGUGUUUUAUGAGAAAGAUCUGAAAGAAUGUGGUAUUAAAGUGGGUAAAGACACUGAGUUCACAGGAAUGAUCGCUGAGAUUUUUAAAAAGGAAAAUGGACUUUAUGAGAAAAAGGUCUUCAGCUUUGUGCAUCUAAGUGUUCAAGAGUUCCUUGCUGCAGUGCAUGUGUUCAUCUGUUACCUGAACAAGAACAAGCAAGAGCUUCAGUUUUUCUUUGAAGAUUCACAAACCAUAGCCAGACCAAAGCUUUGGUCCCCUUUUAGAAGUCAAAAUGUCACAUUUCAUGACUUAACAAAGAGUGUCAUUGAUAAAGCAAUGCAAAGUAAGAGAGGACAUCUGGACCUGUUUCUGCGGUUUCUGAUGGGAAUUUCACUGGAAUCCAGUCAAAACUUGCUCCAAGGCCUGCUCAAACACACUGAAGACACCACAGAGAGCAUCAGACAAGCAACUAAAUACAUUAAACAAGUUCAAGGCAAGAAUAUCUCAGAUGAAGCUUCAGUCAACCUAUUUUACUGCUUACUAGAGCUCAAAGAUCAUUCAUUAUAUGAGGAAAUCCUGAGACAUCUCCGCUCAGAUGAACAUCCAGGAAGGGAGCUCUCAUCUUCAAUGUGCACAGUGCUGACCACAGUACUUCUGAUGUCCAAGAAGGUGCUGGAUGAGUUCAACCCAAAGAAGUUCACAUCAUCACAAGAAAAUUUUAAGAGACUCAUUCCAGCUGUGAGAUGCUGCAGAAAAGCCAUAUUUGAUGGCUGUGGUCUUGAUGAAACAUGCUGUGAAACUGUGUCUUCUGCUCUCCAAUCCUCAAACUGUCAUCUGACAGAGCUGAACCUGAGCAAUAAUCACUUGCAGGAUUUAGGAGUGAAGCUGCUUUGUGAUGGACUGAAAAAUAGUCCGCACUGUCAACUUAACAUACUGAGGCUGCGUGGGUGUAAUCUCACUGCUCAGUCCUGUGAAAGUUUGUCUUCGACUCUACAAUCCUCAAAUUCCCAUCUCAAUAUGCUGGACCUGAGUAACAAUGACCUGAAGGAUUCUGGAGUGAAGCUGCUUUCAAAUGGACUGAAAACUCCAAACUGUAAACUGGAGAUUCUGAGAUUGUCCUUAUGUAAUCUCACCACUCAGUCUUGUGGGAGUUUGCCAUCAGUUUUACAAUCCUCAAACUCUGUCCUGAGAGAACUGGACCUGAGUAACAAUGACUUGCAGGAUUCAGGAAUAAAGCUUCUUUCUGAUGGACUGAAGAGUCCAAACUAUCAGCUGGAGAUACUGAGGUUAUCUGGCUGUAUGGUGACAAAAGAAGGCUGUAGGUAUGUGUCUUCAGCUCUGAGUUCAAACCUCUCACACCUGAGAGAGCUGGAUCUGAGCUACAAUCACCCAGGAGAAUCAGGAGUCAAGCUACUCUCAGAAAAACUGGAGGAUCCAAACUGUUCACUGGAGACACUCAAUGUGGAUCAUGGAGGAGAAUCCUGGAUUACAGCAGGACUACAGAAAUAUUCCCAUCAGCUCACUCUGGAUCCGAACACAGUGAAUAAACUCCUCCAUCUGUCUGAGAACAACAGAGUGAUUACUACCACUAACACAGUCCAGCCGUAUCCUGAUCAUCCAGACAGAUUUGAUGUGAAUCAGGUGUUGUGUAGAGAGAGUGUGUGUGGACGCUGUUACUGGGAGAUUGAGUGGAGUGGAGAUGUGCGUAUAUCAGUGUCAUAUAAGAGCAUCAGCAGGAAGGGACGGGGUAAAGAGUGUGUGUUUGGAUCUAAUGAUCAGUCCUGGAGUUUGAUCUGCUCUCCUGACAGUUACUCAUUCAGACACAAUAACAUACAGACUGAUCUCUCUGUGAAGUCCAUCAGCAGUAUAAUAGGAGUGUUUGUGGAUCACAGAGCAGGAACUCUGUCCUUCUACAGCGUCUCUGACACAGUGAGCCUCAUCCACACAGUCCAGACCACAUUCACUCAGAUGCUCUAUCCUGGGUUUAGGUUUUGGUUUGGAUCAUCAGUGAAACUGUGUUGAUGAAUCAGAACAGACUGAUAAGAGAUUCUACCCAGAAUGCUUUGGGCUGCAUGAUAAACCAGUAACAGUGAGACGUUAUAGAGUCUCUUCUUCACAUUAAUAUGAACAUGAAUCAGAAUAAAUGUGUGUAGUAAAUCCUCAUCUAGAAAGUAAGAUCAGUGUGUGAUGAUCUGUUUCUGUGCUUAUUAUUACGAUCAAAAUCAGGCUUAUAUCUUAUCAUUCAUGUGAUUUCUCUCUAUUGUUUGUAAUAAAACACAAAGUCAAAUUCCCUUGAGAUCAUAUUUUAUUGAUGAUGAAUGUAUGAAAUGUCUGAAUGCUUCAUGAAUCAUGAAUAAAAUGAAUUCUUCACGAGACUGAAAUCAGCUUCAGUUUAUGACGUUAUCAAAUAUAACAUCAUUCAAUCAAAUCUAGAUUUAUUAUAACCACAGU